GCGGGAAGCUAGAUUGAGCCGAGAGCUACCGGAGCUGCAGCUGAGUUCGGUGGCAGUGUGUGGCCAUUUCCACGUCGUCCUCCCCUUAAGGGUUUCGCUGAGGCUGCGCGCGGCUCUGCGCUUGAGAGUCCGGAGAGAUGAAGAAAACCCUGCAGGAUGAGAUUGAAGCCAUUCUUAGGAAGAGGAUUAUGGUGCUGGAUGGUGGAAUGGGGACCAUGAUCCAGCGGUACAAACUAAGUGAAGAAAGUUUCCAAGGUCAAGAGUUCAAAGAUCACCCCAGGCCACUGAAAGGCAACAAUGACAUCUUAAGUAUAACCCAACCUCAUGUUAUUGGCCAAAUUCAUAAGGAAUACUUGCUAGCUGGAGCAGAUAUCAUUGAAACAAACACUUUCAGCAGCACUAGUAUUGCCCAAGCCGACUAUGGCCUUGAACACUUGGCCUACCGGAUGAACAAGUGCUCUGCAGAUGUGGCCAGAAGAGCCGCUGAGGAGAUAACUCUGCAGACAGGAAUCAAGAGGUUUGUGGCUGGCGCUCUGGGUCCAACUAAUAAGACACUUUCUGUCUCCCCAUCGGUGGAAAGGCCAGAUUACAGGAACAUCACAUUUGAUGAACUUGUUGAAGCAUAUGAGGAACAGGCCAAAGGACUGCUGGAUGGUGGCGUUGAUAUCUUACUCAUUGAAACUAUUUUUGAUACAGCCAAUGCCAAAGCGGCCUUGUUUGCACUCCAGAAACUCUUUGAAGAGAAUUAUGCUCCUCCCCGGCCUAUCUUUAUUUCUGGGACCAUUGUUGAUAAAAGUGGACGGACUCUUUCUGGCCAGACAGGAGAGGCAUUUGUCAUCAGCGUGUCUCAUUCAGACCCUUUGUGCAUUGGAUUAAAUUGUGCUCUGGGUGCCGCUGAAAUGAGGCCUUUCAUUGAAACAAUUGGGAAGUGUACAACAGCCUAUGUCCUCUGUUACCCAAAUGCAGGUCUUCCCAAUACUUUUGGUGACUAUGAUGAAACACCAUCCAUGAUGGCCAAUCACCUAAAGGACUUUGCCAUGGAUGGCUUGGUGAAUAUAGUCGGUGGCUGCUGUGGUUCGACACCCGAUCAUAUCAGGGAAAUUGCUGAAGCUGUGAAGAAGUGUAAGCCUAGAGUUCCACCUGCUAGUGUUUUUGAAGGACAUAUGUUACUAUCUGGUCUAGAGCCCUUCAGGAUUGGACCAUACACCAACUUUGUUAACAUUGGAGAGCGCUGUAAUGUGGCAGGAUCUAAGAAGUUUGCUAAACUCAUCAUGGCAGGAAACUAUGACGAAGCCCUGAGCAUUGCCAAAGUACAGGUGGAAAUGGGCGCUCAGGUGCUGGAUAUCAACAUGGACGAUGGCAUGCUGGAUGGUCCCAGUGCAAUGACCAGAUUUUGCAAUUUUAUCGCCUCUGAACCUGACAUUGCCAAGGUGCCACUGUGCAUCGACUCUUCCAAUUUUGCUGUGAUUGAAGCUGGCUUGAAGUGCUGCCAAGGGAAGUGUAUAGUCAAUAGCAUCAGUCUGAAGGAGGGGGAGGAGGACUUCUUGGAGAAGGCUCGGAAGAUUAAGAAGUUUGGAGCUGCUGUGGUCGUUAUGGCUUUUGAUGAGGAAGGACAGGCAACAGAAACAGAUGUUAAAAUCAGUGUGUGUACCCGAGCCUACCAUCUACUUGUGGAAAAACUGGGCUUCAAUCCAAAUGACAUCAUCUUUGACCCCAACAUUCUUACCAUUGGUACUGGAAUGGAAGAACAUAACUUGUAUGCUAUCAAUUUUAUUCAUGCAACAAGAGUCAUUAAAGAAACAUUACCAGGAGUCAGAAUAAGUGGAGGUCUUUCUAACUUGUCCUUCUCCUUCCGAGGGAUGGAAGCCAUUCGAGAAGCAAUGCAUGGUGUUUUCCUUUACCAUGCCAUCAAGUUUGGUAUGGACAUGGGCAUAGUCAAUGCUGGCAACCUCCCUGUGUAUGAUGAUAUCCAAAAGGACCUUCUUCAGCUCUGUGAAGACCUCAUCUGGAACAGAGACUCUGAGGCUACUGAGAAACUCUUACGAUACGCCCAGACUCAUGGCAAAGGAGGGAAGAAAGUCAUCCAGACAGAUGAGUGGAGGAAUGGCUCCAUUGAAGAGCGUCUUGAGUAUGCUCUCGUGAAGGGCAUUGAAAAGCACAUUGUUGAAGAUACUGAAGAAGCCAGGUUAAACCAGGAAAAAUACCCCCGACCUCUGAAUAUAAUUGAAGGCCCUCUAAUGAAUGGCAUGAAAGUGGUUGGUGAUCUUUUCGGAGCUGGAAAAAUGUUUCUACCUCAGGUUAUAAAGUCAGCUCGUGUCAUGAAGAAGGCUGUUGGACACCUUAUCCCUUUCAUGGAAAAAGAAAGAGAAGAAGCCAGAGUACUUAAUGGUUCAGUCGAAGAAGAGGACCCUUACCAAGGCACCAUUGUGCUGGCCACUGUUAAAGGUGAUGUGCAUGACAUAGGCAAGAACAUAGUUGGUGUGGUGCUGGGCUGCAAUAAUUUCCGAGUUAUUGAUUUAGGAGUCAUGACUCCCUGUGAUAAGAUACUUCAAGCUGCUCUUGACCACAAAGCAGAUAUAAUUGGCCUGUCAGGACUUAUCACUCCAUCCCUGGAUGAAAUGAUUUUUGUUGCCAAGGAAAUGGAGAGGUUGGCUAUAAAGAUUCCUUUGUUGAUAGGAGGUGCAACCACUUCAAGAACCCACACAGCAGUUAAAAUAGCACCACGAUACAGUGCGCCUGUAAUCCAUGUCCUGGAUGCAUCCAAGAGUGUGGUGGUGUGUUCUCAGCUGUUAGAUGAAAAUCUGAAAGAUGACUAUGUUGAAGAAAUACUGGAAGAAUAUGAAGAUAUUAGACAGGACCACUAUGAGUCUCUCAAGGAGAGAAAAUACUUACCCCUAAGUCAAGCCAGAAAAAAUGGUUUCCACAUUGAUUGGCUGUCUGAACCUCACCCAGUGAAGCCCACAUUUCUUGGGAGUCGGGUCUUUGAAGACUACAACCUGCAGAGGCUGGUGGACUACAUUGACUGGAAGCCUUUCUUCGAUGUCUGGCAGCUCCGGGGCAAAUACCCAAAUCGAGGCUUUCCCAAGAUAUUUAACGACAAAACAGUAGGUAAAGAAGCCAGGAAGGUGUAUGAUGAUGCUCAGAAUAUGCUGAACAUACUGAUAAGUCAAAAGAAACUCCAGGCCAGGGGUGUGGUUGGAUUCUGGCCAGCACAGAGUGUCCAAGAUGACAUCCACUUGUAUGCAGAAGGUGUGGUGCCCCAGGCUUCAGAACCCAUAGCCACCUUCUAUGGGCUGAGGCAGCAGGCUGAGAAGGACUCUUCCAGUACAGACCCCUACCACUGCCUCUCAGACUUCAUUGCUCCCCUGCAUUCUGGCGUCCGAGACUACUUGGGUCUGUUUGCUGUUGCCUGCUUUGGGGUUGAAGAGCUGAGUAAGGCCCAUGAGGAUGAUGGCGAUGACUACAGCAGCAUCAUGGUGAAGGCCCUGGGGGACCGGCUGGCAGAGGCCUUUGCAGAGGAGCUGCAUGAGAGAGUUCGCCGAGAACUGUGGGCUUACUGUAGUCGGGAGCAGUUGGGUGUCACAGACUUGCGCAAACUCCGGUAUGAGGGCAUCCGACCAGCUCCUGGUUACCCCAGCCAGCCUGACCACACUGAGAAGCUCACCAUGUGGAGACUGGCCAACAUUGAGCAGGCCACAGGCAUCAGGUUGACAGAAUCCUUGGCAAUGGCACCUGCUUCAGCAGUAUCAGGCCUCUACUUCUCCAAUGUGAAGUCCAAAUAUUUUGCUGUGGGGAAAGUUUCCAAGGAUCAGAUUGAGGAUUAUGCCUUGAGGAAGAACAUGCCUGUGGCUGAGGUGGAGAAAUGGCUUGGCCCCAUUCUGGGAUAUGAUACAGACUGACUUGGUUCUCCCUCACACUCCUUUUCUCUUUCUCUUUUUUUCUUUAAAACCUUAUGUUUGCUGACCUCAAGGGAGUACCAUCCAGAGUGCCUUAGAAAUAACAACAAAAAGCACCCGAGUGCCUGCCUGGCCAGUGUUGGAAGGCUGGUUGGUGGCAUAUGAUGUAGAUCAUCUGGGGUCCUAGAAAAUAAGUAACUGUUUCAGGGACCUUAAGUGAGGAGCAACAAGGUGCUGAGGCUCCUGGUGUCCCUGCAUCCUUAAGAUUGGAGCAGGCAGAAGGCAUCUUUUGCAGCUUGUUCCUGUUUUGUUGUUGUUGUUUGUUUGUUUUUAUUGUUUUUCUCACAUGAAAAAAAAAAGAUCCUGAAAAUAAGUUGAAUAGGGGAAUGUGUAGAGACAUGUGACACAGGAGCAAUGUGCCACCGUGAGAAAAGUGAUAUUUCAACCUAAGUGUUUUCAACAGUAGACUCGGACAGGGAGGAAGGCAGUCAGUCCUCUCUUCUCCUGUAAGACUUCAUUUUCAGAGGCUCAGCUAAAUGGCUGUAGAACUCUUUGGCAGAGGCAUGCUCACUGCUUGCUGGACAGAAUACUGGGACUGUUUGCCCUGGUGUGCUGGUGUGGCUGCGCACCUGACUCCACACUCAUAUAUUUUGGAUACGCUACAUUGGCUGGUGUCUGUUAUUUCUGGAGAAGUUGUUCAGGGCGUCAGGCCGUGAAAGCGCAGACUCCAGUUUCAACUUUGCAGUGUAACUGCCAUGUGUCAUAAGCUUAGUUCUUAGUCUCCCCGGCACGGUCUGCUCAUCUGUAAACUGAGAACAGUGAUACGGAUUUCUGUCUCAUUGGGGGGAGUGAGGCUUAAACAGGAGUGUGCAUAGAGACAGUUCAGGUACACACAGGUGUCUAAGUGGAGGUCCUGUAGAUCUCUCUAGUCUUAGCACUGUAGGUACUCAUGAGAAGAAUAACAGGUGGAGUGGGGAAAUGUGUUUGGGAAUGUGACUGUGGGGGAAUCUCCUUCUAGGAUUAGAACCCCAACUUGAAAUUUACACCAACUGAGAGAGAAACCACCGCCAUCGGGACUCAUCUUCCUGAGAGACCCCUCCCUUACCUCCUAUGUUGCCCCAAAGCACUCACACCAGACACAUCCUCUGGUAUAUUGGAGGCGAAAAGAAGAAAAUGGCUGUUGGGUAGUGAUGAUCCUGCGUAUCUGUAGUCUUUCCAAGUUUAUUUUCAAAGUAAUGUACAUUUUUUAUAUCAAUUUUUAUACUUGUCUUCAGAGUGAAAAGAAUUGUCUCCUUUUUUAAGGUGUGUUUAACAUGUACUAGAAUGUAAAUGGGACUCAUUAGUUUGAGCCACUUAGUUUCAGGACAUUCUUUUUUUUUUUUUUUUUUUGUUUUGUUUUGUUUUGUUUUGUUUUUUGUUUUUUGAGACAGGGUUUCUCUGUGUAGCUUUGCGCCUUUCCUGGAUCUCGCUCUGUAGACCAGGCUAGCCUCGAACUCACAAAGAUCCGCCUGCCUCUGCUUCCCGAGUGCUGAGAUUAAAGGCGUGCGCCACCACAGCCCGGCAGGACAUACUUUCAUAGCAGGUACAUUCUUUAGGCUUUUGUGAGAAAGAAUAACCUCUAGAUAUUUUAAUGUAUUUCAACUGAAGAAUUACUAGCAGCCUAUUUAUUUCAUUGCCAUUCUUUGAGCUGGCUUCCUUGAAUAUGUCUUUGCUCUAAUCCAUGACGUAUGUCAUAGUUAUCUUCCUCUUCUUUUUUGCAAGUUGGGGUGUAUAGAUACUCACUAAGGGAUGUAAACAAUAACUUGAAAGCAUCCUUCUUAGUUUAUUUUAGGUCUUCCAGAGAAGCUGGACUCCAAAGGCUAACAUUCUAAGCUGGGCUCUUGUGUGCAUGAUUGAAUGCACCCAGCAUGUUCCCUCACCAUUGGCACCUGAGACUCUGACAUGAACUGAUUUCACACACAUUCAUUCGGGCUGCAUGUUUAUAUUUUCACAGUUGAGAAUUGUCUGUAGCCAGAUGUGCCUGCCCUAUGCCUGUUAUCACAGCAUUUGGGAAGUAGAGGCAGGAGGAUUGGCGUGAGUAACAGGCCAUCCUGGGUAAAUAGACUGUCUUCAAAAACAAAAACAGGACCAGCAAGAUGGCUUAGUGAGCAAAUGUACAGGCUGCCAAAGAUGACCUGAGUCUGAUCUCUGGGACUCACAUGGUAGAAGAAGAGACCGACCCCCAACUUCCACAUGCGGCUUGUGGCACACCACACAAUAAAUACGUGUUCUGGGGGCGGUGGGAAGGGGUUGUCUCCAUUUUGCUGCUUGCUCUGCUGCCUGCUGUAGAGGCUCGUUUUGUGGAGCAGUGGCUGGGGAUAGGCAUAGUUUUGUUGUAACUUUUCUCCUUCGAGCUGUUUUGCUGGCCGUUCUCCUCCAUUCAUAGUAAACACACAUGGGAAUAUCUGCCCCUGCCCCAGCUGAUGGUCUCAUGCAUGCUCUCUUCACAUGUUUGGGCGUCUCUCGUGUACCGGUUAUUUCUCUCCUCCUUGCACUUAGUGCAGUGAAGUUAAGGGAGGUGUCUUUCUCAUCUCUUAGCACUGAACACUUGUUAAUUAUUAGAUCUAGAGGCCUCCCCAGGGGAUUAUCUUCUCCGUGGUUUAGACAUUGUUGACUGUCCAAAUUCUUACCCAUAUCCUCUCCCUUGAUGUAAUUCUUUUGUUAGCCUUUUAUAUUUAUGGUCAUUUCUCAACCAUUUUUUUCUUCUACCUGUUUAAAUUCUUACAUUCUGUCAUUAGUUGUUUUCCCAGCCUGUUGUUUCAGAGACUGAUGUCAUCAGUUCAGGACUCCAGGCUCCUCCAUCCUAAUCCUUGCUCCUUAAGAGGAAGGUUGCCACCUCAGUCCUGAAGGAGUACAUGAUACAUCUGAUAGUGGAGUCUCCCAAACUUUGCUUCUGGGUAUCUCAUGUACUCUCCAGUAUAUUCAGUAAUAAAGACUGAUUGGUGCUGCCCAGUCAACAGAUUGCAAGCUCACUCCAUACUGUCUUUCCCUAGGACAGUUUGCUCAAAAAUGUGUUUGUCUGGUGGUGGACGUACUUAGGGAAGGCCCUGGUUGACUCACAUUUUAGGACCUGAAGAGUAAAGAUGGAACAGCGGGGAAGGAACAGAUGAGGAACUGUGAAUAGAAACAUUAAAGGUUAUAAAGAUGCCCGAUCUUUCCAAAUUGCUGUGAAGUCAAGAUUUCCAGCAGCAAUUCUAACAGAGGUCAUGUUGAAGACAAGCAGAUGACUAAUGUGGAAUAGCAAAGGAACCAAAGUGGUCAGAUGCUUAUGCAAAUGAAGAAAGGUUUAGGGAACUUGUCUGACAAUACACGAAGCUUUGGUGCAGAAAUGGCUUCAGUCAUUGCUACCAAAAGCUAAGGACUUCAGAUAAGCAAGUGAAUGACGUAAGUGAGAAGACUUUUUUUUAUAUAAUGUAGUUCUUUAUUGAUUCUUUAGGAAUUUUACAUCAUGCACCCCAAUCCUACUUACCUUCCCACCUUCAUAUCCGCCCCUCACCACUUCAUUUCCAUCCCUCCCCGAAAAGGUCCUCCUCCCCCCCCCCCCCCCCCCCCCCAAAAAAAAAACAAAGCACACAAAGCGAGCCUGCCCUCCGCUGGCCCUGGGAUAGCUGGCCCUGUCCCUUGCUGGAGACUACAGCAGGAGAGCUGGCCCUGCCCCUCAUGGGAGAGCUGACCCCAGCACUCAGGAAAGAUGGCCACUCUCACCCCAGGCUUGGGAGAGCUAGUUCCACACUCACCUUGCCUGAGGGGGGCAGUUCUAGAGGCCCAGAAUGACCAGUUCAGCUACCACCCUGAGCCUUGGCUUGGCCCACUCUAACAUCUACCCCAUCUAUGGCCUGUUGGAUCAUGUUAAGGGACUGGUCCUAUGGAAUGAUAGCCACGGGAUCUCCAUGACUCGGCAGGAUAUCCAAAAGGAGUUUUGAUGAGGGUCCAGUGAUGCUGGGCCAGAGGCCUUGAACCAGACCAAUGACUCAUUGCAGUGAAGAUGCUGUGACACACCACAGCUCCCAAUGUUACUAGGACAAAUGAAGAGGUGUUUGCUUUGAGAAGACAUUUUUUAAAAGGUAACCAAUAAGGGAUUAGUAACCAGAAUGUAUAGAAAAGCAUUCUCAUGAUGGUGGUAAACAAAUACAUGUUUUGUGGUGAUCAGAAAUGUGAGAUUCUGUUCUCUGUAUGUAACAUUUGCAAGAAUGGGACCCACAGUUCCAGGUGUUAGAUGGUCUGUAGGUCGUCACACAUCUUUCACAUCACUGCUUGAGAACAGUUACACCUCACAGAUGUGAACAAUCUACAGUGAAUAUGGGCAGAGCUUCUAGUCAUGUUCAGCCAUGUCUUAGAUUUUGGUCAUGGCAGUAUAAUCAUGUUAGUAACAGAUGGAUAACUGAAGUUCUGUCCAUGGGAGAAUGGUUUCAUAAGGUACCUUCAGCUACAUGGUGUGGUGAAAAUGAGCGAACUACAGCCACAGUUGGCAGUAUCGGGCUAAAACAAGUUUCUUGUGACUACUUAAGGCACGAUACCUAUUUUUAUUGCGUUCAAAAGUGUGUGAGACCAAAGAACAUACAUGGUAGCUACAUAUGUGAUAAAAACUUACAAAGGAAAGUCACAGAAAACCCAAAUCAAGUAUAGAUAGCCCAUGGGAGGAGGAGUUAAAAGGGCUGGAGAAAAAACCCCAGGUGAAUUGUGGAUAACUGCUUUAGUUCUUGGAUGGGAGGGCUAUGGCUGUUUACCACACAGCAUUUUUGUAUAUUUUAAAUAUGCUAUAUUUAAUGUGUGUUUAAUGUAUUUUAAACAAUAAAGUACAAUGCAAACUUCAA